UUGCACCCCGAAGACGUUUUCUACUGCUUAGAUGCAACGAAUCUAGCGCCCCUUAUUUUUUAAAUGUCCGCUGCCUUCCGCUAAGAAUAGAGAGAGAAGUUUGUGUGCUUUAUAUGGAACUUUGCUGCAUUUCAUCUCACCACAGCAUCUUCAUUUCACAGUUUAAACGGUUAAUGCCGGAACCGACACUGUUUGACCCUGCGGUGCCUUUAGUAUAUUAGAGGAAACCUGUGCUGGUUUCAAACUUGGUCACUUAUAUUUCGUUUUUUAAAACGUAUUCAAGUCAUGCUCCAAAUCAAUGAGGUAUAAACCUCUGGCUGGGGCUCCUUUUGCACGAAUUCCUGCAAAAUUCUUGGACAGAGGCCUUUGCUUCAUUCGGAUGUCUGACAUGUUUUUACUUUCUAGGCAAGGAGCGGCGCUGGUUUUUUGUCGAAAUAACGGAGAGAAAGGAAACAUCACAUCCUGCGUUCCAGCGCAGGCGUGUUAUUGAGGUCUGUGCGCUUGCAGCCAUGUGCUGAGAAGCUGCUGCUGCUGCUGCUCGAACUUCCUCGUCCUGCAGAAGGGAGGAUGGAGGAGGCGUGACGUCGCUCUCCGCAGACAGGCCCACACGGUGGGUGCAAGGGGGGGAGAAGCGAGGCGGGGACGGACGCUGCAUGCUGCCGCAGAGCACACGGAGCAGCCCAGGCUCAAAACAAACCGAGGCAACUUCCAGGGGGGGACGGCGGCCAUAGCAAUGCGGCACCGCCCGCGGACCCCGGCGCUGAUGUGAGCGCGCGGCCGCUCGGAGCAGCAGGGAGGAAGCGGCGGACGCCACCGACUCUUCUACCGCGGCGGGGUCGCUCGCUCGCUCUGUCUGUCUGUCUGGAGAGAGGGGGACAUGUCCUCCCUAACCGUAGAGGAGGACCAGAAGUGGGUACCGACGCACGUCCAGGUGACGGUGCUGAAAGGCAGGGGCUUGCGGGGCAAGGGCAAACACGGCACCAGCGAUGUGUACACCAUCAUCCAGCUGGGGAAGGAGAAGUACUCCACCGGCGUGGCGGAGAAGACCACCGAGCCGGAGUGGAGGGAGGAGUGCUCGUUCGAGCUGCAGCCCGGCGUGCUGGAGAGCGGGUACCCGGCCGGGAGCGGCGAGCUCGUCCUCACCGUCAUGCACCGGGCUCUGAUCGGACUGGACGUGUUCCUCGGCCAGGCUGCGAUCCAGCUGGAUAAACUCUUCCAUGAGCGUCGAUACGUCAAAAACGAAUGGUAUAGGCUCAACUCUAAGACUGGAAAGAAGGAGAAGGAGAGGGGAGACAUUCAAGUCACCAUCCAGUUCACCCGAAACAACCUGACGGCCAGCAUGUAUGACCUGGUCAUGAAGGACAAGGGAGCCUCCACCUUCAGCAAACUGAAGGAGCGCAUGAAGGGGAAGAGGCGAUCUAGUGACGAGGACUCUUCUUCUGCUGUCGUGCCAGGCGGAUACAGCACACUGUACCGCAUGCGCCACAGACUGCCAAGCGAUGGAGGAGGCGAGGAGGACUACGAGGACGACGAGGGGGGCGAAGUCCGGCGAAGCAAGAUGAGGACCUUCUUUUUGCGGGGCAAGUUACGGAAGUCGUCAGACACGCGCUCUAGCACGUCUCUAGGCUCUGAGAGCAGCGAGUCGUCGUCGCGGGGCGGGAGCCUCAGUCCGACGGCCGGUAUCAGCGUGGUGGUUUCUGACCUGUCCAACUCCCCCAGUAACAGCAGCAACUUCACUGCGGACAACAGUCCAGAACAUACAGCAAACACGUCGCCCAGGUCGUCCUCUCUCAAAUGCGAGUUUGGUGACGAGGCUGGUGAAAUCUCCAUCGCCGUCCCUCCGCCGACUGUUUAUGUGAACGGAAGCCAUGCCUACAAAGUCCAGGCCCAGGAUCGAGGCUCAGGAAAAUCGUCAGAUUCUUUAGGCCUGGGAGUUUUGCAGAAGGCCAUGCCCCUCUCUGUUUCUCUACAGAACCUCAGCACGAGGCCCUUCACGGACCUGCCCAAAGGCCCCGUGGGAGACGGGCGCCGUUGGUCGUUUGACAGGCCUGGCGAGGAGGAGAAAGCUGCCAUUGCGGCAGCUCUGGAGAAAAGUGGCCCCAUGCUGGGUGAAGAAGAGGAGCGGCCGGAACAGGCAUUACUGCCAAAAGCUUCGAAGGCGGAGUCAGAGAAUCAGGUGAAAAAGCAGAGGAAGAACUUGUUCUCACACGGGCGGAGUGAGUCUGCAGGGAAGGGUCAGAAUCAGUCCAAGGACGAGUCUGAACAAACCUCUGCUGCCACCGAGGAGAAGCACCGGGCUUGGUUCGGAUCAAAGGACUCGCACAACAAACCCAGCCUGGUGGUCUCCACUAGAUUAGAGCCAAGCACUGACCCCCACCCACCACCUCUUCCACUUAGCCCCCACCCCUUGGGUGCCUCCGUUGAUCCUACCUCUUUGGUUUCCACACUGCACCACACUAACCCCUUUUGCCGCUCACAGACUACACCACCUCCCAUAUCCCAGUGCAACCCUUUCUACCCCCUGCUGCAGCACAACCCUUUCUUUACAGAUAUGUUAACUGAUCAGCCACUAAAGUCUCCGCUGCCUCCUUUGCCUUUUCUUUCCAGCUCCCGGCCUCCCAUAACUGAUCUCUUUCCACAGUCAAGUAACCCCAACCUGACCCAAGAUAACCCAACAGCUGAGGACACCGUCACUGGUGCUGAUGCAAAAGACAAACUUGGGAAAAGACCUCUCCCUCCAGUUCCCAUGGAAAGACAGGAACCUUUAAUCCAGAAGUCAUCAAACCCCUUUAUGUCUGCUGAGAAGCUUAUGCAGGACUCAGAGUGGGACGACUCCUUUGAUGCGUUUGCAGCUGGCAGGCUGCAGUCUCCUGAGGACCUCGCCAUGGAGAGCAGCACACAACAAAAUGCCGUCAGUGACCAUCCACUGGAACACGACCAUAAUAAAAGUGAAUUACAGCCGUUCCCAGAUGCUGAUAAGCACACAAAUGUUAAUGACGCUCUGCAUCAUCAGCCUGGGGGCAGGUUUUUAUCCGAUGCAUUUUCAGUUCCCGGCCAGAUGAGGAACAAUAACACCCUUAACAUCGACACGUUUCCGCAAUUCCUUGAAACGAUCCCAGAACACAGAAGCUUCGACAGCGAUGACUCAACUUUAAACACCCCCACUAACUCUCCUGAACUGUGUGAUUUCAAUCUACCUGCACAAGAACGCAACGCCACUAAUGAUUCCACUGACACUAAUAUUAACACAGCUGCCUUUCACGUCUCCUCCGCACAAUUCAAAGAGAACAACAGCUCUCCAGACCCCAGCUCCUCGGGCCUCGGCAGUUCGACUGAAGAAGACGGCCUCUCCUGUUUUUCAUCUCAGUCUGAGAAAUUCUCUGUGUCGUCGUCCGAGGAAGCUGAAAGGAUCACCCUGCGCGUCAAGAGUCUUUCUGACUCAGCUGUGGCAAAAACUGUAAAAACCUCUGAUUCUGGAGACGGCAUCGCUGACAAGUCAGAUGAUCUGUGUUCACUUGACGAUGCCCAUCAAACUGUUGUUCAGCUGGAGGACAGUCAUGGUGAAAAGGUUGGCUGGAGCUUUUUAGAGGACUCGCUUCAGACUCCUCCACUUGCUCUGACGACACCUGAAAGGGAAACAGAGAGUGAACGUGGAGAUAACCAAACACUUCAAACUCCUAAUGGGAACCCUGAUCUGAUAUCGACAGUACCACCAACAUCCAUCGUGUCUCAGCAAGCAAACAAUGAGGGUAAAGAAGAAAGCCAAGAUUACACUGUAGAUCCUUUUGCGGAUUUCAAUCCUUUUCUCAAGAAUAGUGCAACAGAAGAAGUGAUUCCUGGGUUUCCAGAAGAUGAGUUCUCUUCCACGCUACCAUCGGUACACAUCAUCACCUCAUCCCCUGAAGCCAAGCAGGAUGUGUUGGAUGUGUCCAAUGAGAAGACUAGUUUUGGAGAGCAGGAAGACCGCCCAUACUCCCAUGUGGAGCUUGACAUUUUUGAUUCCCUCAAUGUCAGUCGCAUUGCUAGCAGUCCUGGCCAAGACUUUCAUAGCCCCUUGCUGGAUGUGCAGAACUCUGAUCAGAGUGGCAACAGCUUGCUCCAUAGCCUUUACGUCAGCGCCGACUCACAGGAUUAUCUGUCCUGUGAUUCUCACCCAUUCUCCAAAGGGUCCAGCACCUCAGAGCUAAACGAAACACUAUACUCAGCUAACUCAACUCUCUGCGCUGAGAUGAGCGACAUUCAGGCAGAUCCUGGUGAUCUUCUGGGGAUGGAUCAUACGAAUCUAUCCCAGUCAUCAAACUUUGAGAUCAACCAGAAUGAAAAACUGGAAGAAUCCCUCGACGGGGAGCUAGACAACGUGGUAAACCUCCAGACAAGCCUCACAGUAGGGGAUGGAUUACAAGUUCUGCCAGCGGUCCUGCCAGACAUGAGCUGUAAUCCAAAGAUCCUCGGUGAGGUAGAGGAGGGCAAUCGGCACGAAAUCUUCUUGAAAUGUCCACAGGGGCAGCAUGCUACACUACAGCGCUCCAACUCUGAGGGGACGCUUACGCCUGCCUUCGACCAACUCCUCCUACCCUCUUUUGGGAGCGAUCCCUGCUCAAUACAGGAAUCCUCCUCAGCUCAGCUAGGCCCUGACUUCCCUUUUCCUAACUCCUUUGCUCCUUCUCUAACUCCUGAAAGCAGUAGCUCCCACAUAGCGCUCCCUGCCCUCUCUUCCCCUGCAACCGUUUCAGCAACAGUGCCACCCGGCUCAGCGCUCGGUGCCGUGCCACAGCCAGACGUGACCGAGCGGCGGCAAUCGGCCAAUCAGCCAAGCAGCCCCCACCCGGUGAAGCCCCUGACAACUGCCAUGCUGGCUGAGGAGAAGCGGUCCGUGCUGGCCACCGGCCUGGAGAAGCUCAAGUCCACCAUCCAUCCGGGGAGGAGCAGCCAGAUUAUUGAGCACGAGGCAGACAAGAAGAAGCCUCUAACAGAGGGAGCGGGCUCGUACUACCACCUGACUCACAGCGAGCUGGUCGCCCUGCUGGUGCAACGCGAGGCCGAACUGGAGAGGCAGAAGGCCGAGUUCGAGCGUCAGAAACUGUUGCUGGCCAAGCGGGAGGUGGAGCUGAAGAAGCUGAAGCCUCAGGUCCGAGACCUGGAGGACUACAUUGACACUCUGCUGGUGCGCAUCAUGGAGCAGAAGCCAACGCUGCUGCAAGUGCGCUCCAAGCUCAAAUGAAGGGGAGGGGGGGGGGGGACCCAGACAAACAAAAAAACAAACAAGGGACCGGCCUUUGAGCUCAUGUGUUCACUCGAAACCUCCACAACAGCUCUUUUAGUCUCACUGCUACGCUGUCCUUUUUUGAUACAGGUAUCUAGACGCUGAGAGGUGUCGCGGCGGUGUUUUCUAGCUGGCAUGCUUCCCCGUUCUGAAACACGUCCUCGACAGCGGGUUCGGUUUUUCCAGUGGUUCUGAAUGUAGCGCGUCCUCAGGUUGUCUUCAGGUUCAAAGAGGCUGGUGGAGGGUUCCAAACCCAGAUGCUUCCAGUUUAGCAUCCUGACCUGAAUCCUUCUUUUCACCGCGCCUAUCACCUCUGUCUCCUUUUCCAAAAGGUGUUUGGUUUCUGCUUUGUUUGACGACAGACUGUCGGAGCAGCGGCAGGCAUUUCCAUGGCUUCCAGACGGAUCGCCUCGUUUAAAGGCAGAAGGUGUCUGCUUCCUCGUGUGCCUAGAAAUUGCUUUCAAACUUCUUUUGAUGUGUCAACCCUGACGUAUAAAUGGAAAAGUAUUGUUUCAUACAGGACUUCCCCACCCCCAUCCCGAAAAUGUUUCUUAGACGACUCACUUUUCAGAAAGGGCAAUCAACUGUUUCAGCUCAAGUUUAUUCGAACUUUCUAUUAAACGCCGGAAUGCACUAAAAGUGAAUCCCCACCCUCAGCUGCCUACAUUGCACAGCAGCUAAUUGUGACCUACAGAUAACAAAGGCAGCGUAGCAUGGCAGCGAAUUCAAAGUCCCCGCAGGUUGAGGCUUGACCGAAAAAUACAUCACCUAAACGGCAAGAAUGAAAGGAAAUCAGCCCAAACUUUCCACAGAACGCAGUUCGUUACAGAAGUAUUUACCAGCCAUGAACCCUUUUUAACAUUUUAUUUUUUUAUUUUAUUUUAUGGGGACUUGACGUGAUUGAACAACACAAAAUUACGCAUAACUGUGAGGUAAAAGGAAAAUGAUACAUGGUUAUAUUUUUUAAAAAUCUGAAAAGUGCGGCAUGCUUUUGUAUUAUGCCCAUUUUACCCUGACAUGACAAAAUAAAACUGGGUGAAAUCCAUAGUUUGAUCUGGAUUUCUUUUGGGCCAUUCAAGCAGAUGGAUACUGUCUGAUUAAGGUAGAUUAAGGCAGCCGCUGCCACAGUCUCCAGACUUUUGUUGCACCCUCUAUCUGGUUUCCUCCCAGGAUUGUUAAGCUCCAUCCAAAUUUAACUCUGAUCAGCUUCCUUGUUCCCCUGUCCCUGUUGAAGAAAGGCCUCCCCACAGCAUGACGCUGCCACCACCACGCUUCACGCUGGAAGAAGUGGUCUCGGGGGCGAUAUGCAGGGGGAGUGUUUUUUUCGCCACACAUGGCGUUUUACAUGCGGGCAAUGUCGCUGAAUUAAGUGUGCGCCAGACAUUUUAGAUCUUUUAUUUGUGAUACAAUUGUCAUUUUCCUUUCACCUCACAACUGUACACUCCUUUCUGUUGGCCAGUCACAUUAAAUUCCAGAUAAAUACAUGUAGGUGAAAUGUGACAAAAUGUGGGGAAGCUGUAAGGGGUGGGGGGGAUGCUUUUCUGAGGCGCUGUAGAAAUUUUCAGAAUUUAGUUGAGUAAGUUCAUCAUUGCAAGGAAAAUGUGCAAAAGCUUUGAUUUGUUUAGUUUUUUUUUUUUUUUUGUAUGGCUUCCUCCUCACUUUUCUACAUGCUGUGUAACCUUCUCCAGAUGUUCCCCAUCAGCGCAGAGUGCUCUUACUAGUUUCUUUUUACGAACCGCAAACCAAAUGAGAGGGUUUUGGUGUGGGACCCUUUCACGCGCACAUCAGAUCUGAAUGUUCAGAAGUGUUCUUAAGCCUACAGGUGAAUGGUUUCCUUUUCAAACGCGGGACGCUCAACGGCAUAAGCUAGCUGACUGUCGCCGUUAUCAGGUGACGCGGGUAUCGUUCGCCAUCAAGGUCGGGCCUUAUCCCUCUCCCUUGCCCCACACACACGUGUGUGUGUGUGUGUGUGUUAUCGACACGGACCGCAGCGCGUCGAGGGGAUGCCUGCGACACGCCGGUGCUUGAAUAAUUCCCUCCCUCAGUAUUCGCGUGGCACAUCCACUUCCGCUCUGGCAUGUGUAGCGCUUUCUGGUGUCACAAAGGGACCGCAUUUUUCUGCAUAUAUGUGUAUUAAAAUGCCAAACGCUGCCUUAUUUUUCUUUUUAAAUUUUUUUUCUUGUUUAUUUUUAUUUUUUUUUCCUCGGUUUCUUGGCUUUGAUAUUCAUUAGUUUAGCACUUAGUUGUUAUUUUGUUUUUGGGCGGAUUUCGAAAAACAAGAAGCCAUCGGUUUGCUGAAAGCUGUUGUGUUUGAAUUUAUGAUUCUGCUUUAUGAUAUUGUUUAGAUCACUGCACAAAAAUCAAUUGUAUGCAUACAAAUAGAAAACGAGUAAGAAGAGUGAUUUACUGUGAAAUGCCAAAAAUAGUAAAAAAAAAAAAAAUAGUCACAUAGCCUUGAAACUUAACCUAUAGAGCUGAUUGAUACACCAUAAAGUAUUCUGAUAUGAUGCCACCUUAAACAGCAUUCGUGGAUGUUCUUGCACUACUUAAUCGUCAGAAGAAUAACUCUGCUGUACCUGUCUUUGUGAUAUCGGUAUAGUUAGAUCGACGUCACGCCGUAUUGCACUUUCUAAUCGCUCCGUGGUUAAGCACUAGGCCUUCCUUCCACACCCUGAUCAUGAUUUGCCCGUGAGCUCAAAGCAUCAAACAUGAAACAAACACUUAUGUUGUCACAUCCGUUCAGCUGGGUGAUCGCAAUACGAAGAGUGCAGAUGACUGUAGAAACAUAGAAGAGGUUAUUCGGCGCUCCCGGAGCGCGAGAAUGAACAUUCUCUUUCAUGUCUUCCAUUUGGCAAGGCUUUUAUUUACCUCUGAAUCGACUGUGUUUUGUCCUCGAGUGUGAAGCUGGUGGAAAGCGCUCAGCGGGGUAUGUAAGACUGGAACGUUUACAAUCCGUGAUGCAAUUCUGUUUCACAAAUUUUCUAUAUUUAAUAAAGAGUAUUUUGUGUUUCCUGCUCA